GCGGGGCUUGGCGGCGCGGGGGGCGUGCGGCCAUGUCGCAAGAUGGCGGCGCUGAAGGAGGCUCGGAGCUACGGGCUGUCGUGCGGCCGCGUCGGCGCGGGCGGCCGUGUGUCCGUGCUGCACCUCAAGCUCACCGACAGCGCCCUGCGCGCCUUCGAGACCUACCGCGCCAGUCAGGACUCCUCGGCGCCGAGACCCUCCAUCUGCUUCCAGGGCAGCCAGGGGCACAUCCGAGUCCCGCAGCCCGGCGGCCCAGAGCCCAGAACCUUCUCUUUCUACCUGUCCUCGGCCGGCCGCGACGGCCCCCAGGGCAGCUUUGACUGCGUGCGCCAUGGCUCCAGCUGCGGGGUGGAGCAGCUGGCCCUGCUGGGCGCCAUCCAGGACAAGAUCACGGUGUGCGCCACGGACGAGUCCUACCAGAGGGCGCGGCUCAGCCUGGCCCAGGCCGAGGGGGAGACCCGCAGCCGCACGGCCAUCGUCAUCAAGCCGGGCGGCCGCUACCUGGGCCGCCGGGUGCGUGUGCGCGGGCCGCCCCCCGCCUCGUCCGACGCAGCCCCGGCCCGGAAGCGCGCGGCCCCCCGGAACCCCGCAGGCUGGACGCGCGGAGGCGGAGGCGGGGACCCCGGGGUGACGUGCAGACCGCUCCGCGACCGCGUGCUGCACCUGCUGGCGCUCAGGCCCUACCGCAAGGCCGAGCUGCUGCUGCGCCUGCAGAGGGACGGGCUGGCCGCCAACGACAAGGAGGCGCUCGGGGAGCUGCUCCCACAGGUGGCCAACGUGAGCGCGCGGGACGCCACGUGGACGCUCAAGGACAGCGCGUACCGCGACGUGCAGCGCGACUGGCCGGGCUACUCGGAGGGCGACCAGGGGCUGCUUCGCCGCCUGCUGGAGAGGAAGCUGUGCCAGCCCCAGGCUGCGGGGGCCCCCACGGAGUCCUCGGCCACCAGUCCCCCCAGAGAACAAGGCCGCUCCGUCUCGCCCCUCCAGAAGCGGCCGGCGCCCCCGGACCCCCUGCCCGCCCCCAAGCGGCACCGCAUCUCCCACCCGGCCCCCGGCCCCCCCAACGGGAAGCUGGGCGACGACCCCACUCCUACCGCCCCGCCGAGCGCCCCCAGCCCGCAUAGACCCCUGCCCCCACCCCCGUGGCUCGAGCCCCCUCGCGCCCAUGACCCCCUGGCCGACCUCAGCAACGACCUGGGCCGGGACCCCGUGGUCCCCCCCCCACCCCUGCCCCCCCUUGCCGACUGCGCCCCCCACAGCCCUGGCGCCAAGCCCCGGAAGCGGCCUAAGAGAGUCUACAAGGAGCGCCUCCGGGGGAACCCCGGGGACCCCCAAGAUGCCACGUCUACACUGCCUGCGCCCCUGGGUCCACCACCGGAUGCCACAGACACUGACACUCUGGGGCUGCCCGCAGGCUGCACCUCCUCUGCCGCCCCAACCCCCACGUCCACCUCGGAGACCCCCGACUACCUGCUGAGGUAUCCCCCCAUCGUGUCUGCCGAGCAGCGGCAGCGCUACAAGACCGACUUCAACGCUGAGUACGCGGAGUACCGCGGCCUGCACGCCCGCAUCGAGCAGGUCACCCGGCGCUUCACGCAGCUGGACGGGCAGCUGCGGCAGCUGGCCCAGGGCUCGGCCGAGUAUGAGACCACUCGGGGGCAGAUCCUGCAGGAGUACCGCAAGAUCAAGAAGACGCACCGCGGCUACGCGCAGGAGAAGCAGCGCUGCGAGUACCUGCACGGCAAGCUGGCGCUCAUCAAGGGCCGCAUCGCCCACUUCGACCAGAGCCAGCUGCGCGCGCCACAGUGACCCCAGUGACCCCGCCCGCCCCUAUUUUUGUACCAGAGCCCCUUUUUCUACGCGGGGCACGGCCCCCACUCGCUGCUUCUCGCCGGCUGCCGGCGUCCACACUCAGGGAGGGGCCGAGCCUCUUCGCCAUGCCU